UUCAGGCAGAAGCUUCUUUAAUUCUGUCCGUUGCUGAGGCUGAAUGUUAGAUUACACUUCUUCUCGAUUGUGGAACAAGAACGUAGUCUGCAGUAAAAGGAAAUCUCUGCACACCGGCUGGACCAUACAUCUAACUAUCGAGAAGGUCUGGAGUGCAAAGGCCAGAUUUUUUUCAAUAACAAAGGAUGCAUUUUUUAAUGAGACUUGGUUACUACUGUCGCUAUCUGGUCCUUGGAGGUGAGGAUAUAAAUUAUGAAAACAUUUAAAGAAAUGUUGAAACAUAUUAUGCUAGUAGCUAUGAAACUACAGUAGUAUGUACAAGGACUAAGUGCUGCUCUAUAAAGACUUGCUCUAUAGUCUAAAUCAUUAUGCAUCAUGAGUUAUUUUUUAUCUUUCUGCAAGUCCCAUCGAGGGCUGGUGUUUACACAGUUCCAGAUGCUCCGAUCUCAGGGACAGUUAUGUGAUGUUUCUUUAGUAGUGGAUGGACAUGAAUUCCCAGCACAUAAAUCCUUAUUGGCUUGUUCAAGUGACUACUUUCGAGCAAUGUUUAAGGAAUAUACUAAGGAGUCAAAGGCUGCUGUAGUUCAUCUUAAUGUGAUCUCAGUCACGGGACUAGAAAACAUUUUGGAUUUUAUCUACACAUCAUGGCUAUCACUUUCAAUGUAUAGCUUAGAGGACACGCUUGAGGCGGCAUGCUAUCUGCAAGUAAUGGAUGCUAUACUUUUGUGCAGCCAAUUUCUAAUCAAUAACUGUGACUUGGAAAACUGCUGUUUUGCUGCCAACAUUGCAACAAAAUUUUACCUUUUAGAUGCAAUAGUAUCGACUGAGAAAUACAUUAUUAAUAAUCUUUGGAUACUUUUACAAGAGGAUAGAGAGGAAAUGGAGCUGCUUGAGUUGAACAUGAAGUCAAUGAUGACCUUGGUAAAAUCAGAUGAUAUUCCAAAGGUACAUGAAAAAAGCUUGUUGAAUUUAAUCCUUAAAUGGCUGCAGUAUGAUAGAACCAGGCUCUUAAAUGCUAAGUUCUUAUUUGAAAAUGUGCGAUUUGGGUUGCUCCCAUUGGAUACUUUACGGCAACUCUACACUCAGUCUGAGGUUCCAUUGACGGCCUCUAUUAAAAACCUCAUCAUAAAAGCAUUAAAUUACCAUUCCUGUCCCACAAAACAGCCCAUUUUACAAGAAAAAUACAGUACCUUGCGGAAUCAAAAAGAAUGGAUAGUAUUAGUAGGAGGAGAUGCUAAUGGUGAACUUGUUGAGAAUGUUCUAGGAUUUGAUGUAUACAAUCACAAGUGGCGUAUGGUAACAAAUCUCAAGCAAAAAGUUCAGCUUCACUGCAUUUGUGUUAUUGGGAACUUCCUGUAUGUGCUUGGGGGAGAAACUCCAGAGAACAUAAGUGAGCACACUAAAGAAAUUGCUUUGUGCGUCACCAAUGUUGUUUAUCGCUAUGAUCCAAGGUUUGACCAGUGGAUACAAGUUGCUAGCAUGUUAGAGAAACGAGCACAGUUCUCUUGUUGUGUUGUAGACAAUUACAUAUACUCUAUGGGUGGGAGAGGAAUAGAGCAGGCCAUUCUUUCAUCUGUGGAAGUCUAUGAUGUAAGCCGGAAUACUUGGACAAAAUCGAAAGACUUACCCUAUAAAGUUCAUGGUCAAGCGAGUACAGUUCACAAAAAUCUAAUUUACAUUUCUGGAGGAAAGUUUACCGGUCAAGUAAAUAGUAGUAAAGAUGUGUAUUCUUUCAAUAAAUUGGAAGGGCAGUGGAAAAAGCAAGCUCCUAUGACUAUUGCACGGUUUGGACAUCAAAUGGCCACUGUAAACGAUGACAUCUUCACAUUUUUAGGAAUAUAUGAACCUUUUUCUGACAUUGAAAAAUAUGAUCCACUGCACAAUCAGUGGACCCGUUUGAGACCAAUGUCUUUUGACCGUUUUUGCUAUGGUUUAGUGGUGGUGGAACAAACUGUACUCAUGCUUGGGGGAAAGAAAUGGCAAGAUGCACAAGAGGUACCCACGCAAAAUAUCGUAGGGUACGACGCAGAAAAUGAUUGUUGGGAAGAAAUAUGUAGUCUGGCUUUUCCAUUUUCAGGACUGCGGUGUGCAGUACUGAAGAUGUCAGAUGCUAUCCAACCCGAAGAAAGGGAAUAUAUAUCAUGCCCUCAAAUUAAACUAUGUUGAAAUGUAUUAAAGUAUUAUUAAUGCACUUUCAAUUAUAUAUAUGCAGAGAUAUAUAAAGGAUAGACAGAUAGAUAGAUAGAUAGAUAGAUAGAUAGAUAGAUAGAUAGAUAGUACUGAUGGAAUGGUAAGCACAACUUGUUUUGUAAAAUGAUAUAAAAUAAUUAAAACUGCUCCACAAUGUAAACUGAUCCAAAAACUGUGUACAUUGGCUCGUGACAUUAAUGUAACUGAGUGGACAAAUGAUAGCAUAAAUUAUCAGUGGUGUUCAUUCAUAGGAAGGAAAUGCUAUUUGUGUAGUGCCUUCAUAGUAGGUGUUGGAUGUCUGGUUCAGUUUAAUGUUUAUAUUAGUGAUGUUAGAUGACAAAUUCAAGGCAUGCUAUAUCUGAAGUUGAUGUUGUGUAGUGUGUUAAAUAUAUAUAUAUAUAUAUAUAAUAAUAAAAAUGGUAUAGGUAGUAUUGUUUGGGACCUAACAGUCAAUGCAACUAAUGUUUAUGCAUCUAGGACAUAAAAUGUAAUGAUACUUUAACAAAUCAACUUCAGAUGAAUGGGACUUAAAAUGAUUAGUUUCAGAUUACAAUGAGCUGCCAAUGUUUCCCAACAGCAGCAGGAAAAGCAGUAGGUUACUUGCUAAAGUGGAAAGAGUGGUCAGCAGUAGAAAUAAAAGCAUAUUCAUGCCAUAUCUGGAUUGAUGCUGUGACCUGUUUUGAACAUUAUAGGUGUUUUUUUUAUAAAGGCAAACCUGGAGCAAUAUUCAACAGUACAUAGACAUAGCAAAGACAUUCCAUCAAUUUUCAUGGCGAUUGCUCUAUUUGAUUUAGAUAAACAUGGUCUUGCAUCAAAGUAAAGAGACCAUAGCUUAAAAAACGAUUUAUAGAGUUGAGAGGGAAUUAAGAGAAUUAAGUUGUCAACAUCUAGAAACCAGAAAAUACCUUAAAGGGAUACUCUAAGCACCAAAACAACUUUAGCUUAAUGAAGCAGUUAGGGUGUAUACACCAUGUCACUGCAGUCCAACUGCUUAAUUCUCUGCAAUUUAGGACUUAAAUCACAUUUGUUUCUGCUUAUGUUGCCAUAGCCAUACUUCCCCUGGCUGGGAUUUGCAAAGUCAACAUGUAAACUGAGAUCAUUUUCAACCAGUACAGUGUGUUUACUUUAAAAGUAUUCCUGCUCUGUUAUUUGAACUUGAAUCACACACAUGAUAUUCUAGCAGGUUAUUAGCAGAGCAGGAGAUAAGAAAUUCUAAACUAACUAGAAUGUGCAAUAAAGGAAGUUUAAACAUUAGAUUUAUCUUUACAGGAAAUGCGUAAGGAGACCAUCUAGGUCACAUGCAGGGAAGUGUGGCAAAGGAUACAUGAACAAAAUUAUUUAAUGACUAGAUGGCAGAGAAUUGAGCAGGGGCAUGAACUAUGCACCAAAACUGCUGCAUUAAGCAAAGGUUGUAGUGAUUCUAGUGCCAAUUUAAGAAAAUAAAAACAGAUCAGUCUUGUGCUCAAGCACCGGAAAACAGCACAAAUAGAUAUCAUAUUUAUCAGCACACAUGUAUCAACAAAACCAAAUUAAGUACCUGUGCACAACCUAAAAUCCAUGGAUAUAAUAUGGAAUAAAAUAAUGCGUGUUGUUCUUUACUUAGGGUAAAUUAAUUUAUAGUUGAUUCAUGAGAAUGUCCACUUAUGUCUCACAGACUUCAACUUUUAGCUGAAAGCAGCAGGAUUUAGCCAUUGUAGUGCUACUAAACACCUCUCUUACUUGAACAUUUAUUGGGAUAUGAGAAAGUGUGCAGGGAAAUAUUUUGGUUAAAAUACUUUAAGUGGUUAUAAAAAGGUAAAUUAAUCAUUUUGAAAAGCAACAAGUAGUAGGCAAGAGGCAUAUGAACACGGAGAGUGAAAGACUGAGUAAUGAGAGAAAUACUACUUUGCAGAAAAUACAUUUGUGGUAAAGCCAUCCCAGUGGACCUAGUAAAGGCUAGUUUACUUCAAGGUGAUAACGUCAAACUAAUCUUAUUGAUUUUUUUGAUUGGGUAACUAAAAUAAUAGAUCAGGGUGGUGCAGUAGACAUUGCUUACGUAGAUUUCAGUAAGGC